AUGCGUUCUGGACAUUCAAAAGUAAAAAUAAGAAGAAAUGUUGUCUUUAAAUUAUCUACUAAAGUUAAAUCUGAUAGACCAGUAAAAUUAUUAACAAAAAAGAAUUGUAAACCACAACAGAAUAUUUUAUUCCUAAAAACACAUAAAACAGGUUCUUCAACUGUUCAAAAUAUUUUUCUUCGUUAUGGAGAUAACAACAAUCUUACACUUGUAAUACCAGAAAAAAGCAAUUAUUUUGGUUAUCCAAAGCAUUUCAAUCGUCGAAUGUUACAUUCAAAAUAUCGUCAGAACUCCAGUAAAAUACAAAAUAAUAUUUUUGCACAUCAUGCAAGAUAUCAUUAUAAAGAAAUGAAAUCAAUUAUGCCUCGUAAUACUAUUUUUAUAACUAUUCUUCGAGAUCCUGUUGUUUUAAUUGAAUCACUUUUCUCAUAUUAUAAUCUUAAAAAGACAUAUAAUGAAACUUCAUCAAUUGGUUUUUUAAAGAAUGCAUUUUCAACUUCAUUAAAUAUAUCUGCUUAUCAUGCCACAUCUAGUCAAAGAUUCUUAGGAAGAUUUGGACGCAAUCAAAUGUCAUUCGAUCUUGGUUUUAGUGUAGAAAAUUUUGAUAAUUUAAAAAUGAUUCGAGAAUUUAUUGAAGCUAUUGAUUCACAAUUUCAUUUCGUUAUGAUUGCUGAUCGUAUGGAUGAAUCAUUAAUUCUUCUUCAACAUACUUUAUGUUGGAAAAUGGAAGAUGUAAUUGUCUUUCGACAUAAUGCUAGACGUACGAGUGAAUUUACUAGUUUACCCAAAGAUUUACAAGAGAAUAUACGUAUUUUUAGCAUUGCUGAUGUUCUUUUAUACAAUUAUUUUUCGGACAAGUUAAAUCGUCUAAUAGAAAAAUUUGGUAAAAGAAGAAUGAAAAUGGAAAUAGCUGCUUUACAAAAUGCAACAAAAUCAAUUUAUCGCCAGUGCGUUCAUAAAGAACCUUUCAAAGAUAUGAUUGUAUAUUACAAUAAAAAUCAAACUAUAGACAAAAAAUGUCAAGAUUUUGUUAUUUCAGAAUUAUCUUACACUGAUUUAUUAAGAGAAGAACAAAACAAACGAUAUCGUUUUAUUUAA